AUGUCUGUCCAUAGAGGGAAAGAUUUAAAUGAGAAUGUGAGCAGUGAGAGCCCCACGCAGAUCCUACCUAUCAGGACUCCAAAGAUAGGUCUAUCCACCCAGAAGACUCACCCCUGUGAGAAAUGUGUCCCUAUUCUGAAAGACAUUUUGCACCUGACUGUUCUACCUGGGUAGAAACUAUACUUGGAUGGAGCAUGUGCAAACCUACACCAGCUUCAGAAGCAUUAUACUGCAGAGAAAAGGGAUGUGGAAAGGGCCUUAUUUGUAAAGACCUGCAUUUACUGUCCCUUCACCUGUAGGAAGGUUGGAAAGGAGUUUCCAGCCACAUUGGGCUUUCUUCAGCACCACAAAAUCACCAAGUGUGGGGAGGCCUUUCAUGGUGGAAAAAGUCAUUACACAUCACAUGAAUCACUGGGAAGUCUCCAACCACAGAGUCUUGUUUACCACCGAAGAGUAUCCACUAGAAAAAGGGUUUAUGAGUCCAGCAAAUAUGGGAAAGCUUUUUACUGCAAGUAUUCACUUGUUCAGCUCCAGAGAGACCACACUGGAGAAAAGCCUUAUAUGUGUGGUGAAUGUGGGAAAUCCUUUAGUCAAUGUUCCAACCUUAUUGAACACUGCAGAAUCCAUAGUGGAGAAAAGCCUUAUAUGUGUUCCCAGUGUGGAAAAUCCUUUAACCAAAGAGUUACUCUCAUUAGACACCAGGGUGUUCACACCAGUAAAAGGCUUUACACAUGUGGGGAAUGUGGGAAAGCCUUUGGAUCCAAAUCCAAACUUGAUCGGCACAACAGAAGUCACACUGGAGAAAGGCCUCAUGAAUGUGCUGAAUGUGGUAAGUCUUUUAGACAAAGCUACAGCCUUGUUGAACACCAGCGAAUUCACAGCAGAGCAAAGCCUUUUGAGUGUGACCAGUGUGGGAAAUGCUUUAGCAGAAGAGCUAUUUUCACUAAACAUCAACAAAUUCACACUGAAGAAAGGCCUUAUAAGUGCAGUGAAUGUGGGAGAUCCUUUAGUCGAAGCACCAGCCUUAUUCAGCACUGCAGCAUUCACACAGGAGCAAGACUUCAUGAGUAUGGUGAUUGUGGAAAAUCAUUUAGGCAAAAACCUAUUCUCAUUCAACAUCAGGUAGUUCACACUGGAGAAAGGCCUUAUGAGUGCAGCAAAUGUGGCAAAUCCUUUAGCCAAUGCUCCAGCCUCAAUCUCCACUGA